ACUCGAGUGUGAGCAAGCCUUCUCCAUCGACAGGGGCAGAGAACAAGCACCCUGAACUGAUUUGGGACUCCAAACUGAAAUGCCAGCAUUUGUCUCACCUAUAACCGAUUUUAAAUUAUAUCGUCAUAUUUUGCAGGACAACACGCUGGCCGUAAAUAGUCAGUAACUGGGGCAUAAUAAUAGUUUUGGCUUGUCCUCAGUCGGUUUUAUCAUUUUGUAUUCACGGCAUGACAUGUAAUCAUCUGGUAGUUUGAUGGGGCUUCUAAGGAUUAUGAUGCCGCCCAAGUUCCAGCUUUUGGCUGUUAUGGCUUUUGGAAUUGCCAUGAUGUUUAUCGAAAACCAAAUCCAGAAACUGGAGGAAUCUCGAACGAAGCUAGAGCGCACCAUCGCCAGGCAUGAGGUCCGGGAGGUGGAGCAGCGGCACAUGCAGGAAGGGAAUGCCCGGGACUGGACGCCGCUCGGCGACACGGAGGACGUGGUCAUCAUCUACAACCGCGUGCCCAAGACGGCCAGCACGUCCUUCACCAACAUCGCCUACGACCUGUGCUCCAAAAACCACUACCACGUGCUGCACAUCAACACCACUAAGAACAACCCCGUCAUGUCCCUGCAGGACCAGGUGCGGUUUGUGAGGAACGUCACCACCUGGAGGGAGAUGAAGCCUGGCUUCUACCAUGGCCAUGUGGCCUUCCUGGACUUCUCCAAGUUCGGUGUGAAGGGGAAGCCCAUCUACAUUAACGUGGUGCGGGACCCUAUCGAGAGGCUGGUGUCCUACUACUACUUCCUACGCUUCGGCGAUGACUACAGGCCUGGCCUCAGACGGCGAAAGCAAGGCGACAAAAAGACUUUUGAUGAGUGUGUGUCGUCAGGCGGCUCCGACUGCGCUCCAGAAAAGCUCUGGCUACAGAUUCCCUUCUUCUGCGGCCACUACUCUGAGUGCUGGAACGUGGGUAGCCGUUGGGCACUGGAGCAGGCCAAGUACAACCUGGUGAACGAGUACCUGCUUGUGGGGGUGACGGAGGAGUUGGAGGACUUCAUCAUGAUGCUGGAGGCUGCACUACCACGCUUCUUCAAGGGGGCCACGGACCUCUACCGCACAGGUAAGAAGUCUCACCUGAGGAAGACCACUGAGAAGAAGCCACCCACCAAGGACUCCAUCGGCAAACUUCAGCAGUCAGACAUCUGGAAGAUGGAGAACGAGUUCUACGAGUUUGCCCUGGAGCAGUUCCAGUUUGUGCGCGCCCACGGCGUUCGGGAGAAGGACGGCGAGCUGUACAUUCUGGCCCAGAACUACUUCUACGAGAAGAUUUACCCCAAAGUGAACUAAGCCCGACGGCACUGCACCCAGAGA